GAAGUGAAGGAGGAGAAACCGAGCAUUUUCUCACUGUUUUUUUCCUGUUAUCUGUUUUUUUACUCCAUAUUGAAGUAUGGCUUUCCAAGGAUACGGAGCAGCCCCCGGAGGCAUGGCGCAGGAUCCAAUCUACGGAUACUUCACAGCUGUAGCUGGACAGGAUGGACAGAUCUCAGCAGACGAGCUGCAGCGCUGCCUCACACAGUCCGGCAUCGCUGGCUCCUACAAACCCUUCUCCCUGGAGACGUGCAGACUGAUGAUCACCAUGCUGGAUAGGGACAUGUCCAACAGUAUGGGCUUUUCUGAGUUCAAGGAGCUGUGGCAGUCGGUGAACGGCUGGAAGAACACGUUCGCCUCAUACGACCGCGACCGCAGCGGGACGGUGGAGGGACACGAGCUGCAGCAGGCCUUCAGCGCCAUGGGUUAUAAUCUGAGCCCUCAGGCGAUGAGCAUCAUCAUGAACCGCUACAGCGGGCAGGGAAGAAUCGGGUUCGACGACUUCAUGAGCUGCUGCAUCAAACUCCGUGCGCUGACCGAUCAGUUCCAGAGGAGAGACACAACCCGAACGGGCAGAGCCGAGUUUCAGUUUGACGAGUUCAUCCAGGUCACCAUGAACAUAUGAAGCGGGGAAACCUCUCAUCAUGUCUCUCUGCAGUUCAUCCAGGUCACCAUGAACAUAUGAAGCGGGGAAACCUCUCAUCAUGUCU